AUGGCUUCUGUAUUGAACAAUUCCCGUUCAGAUACGUUGUUUCUCGGUGGCGAGAAAGUUAGCGGCGAUGAUAUCAGAAACCAAAACGUUUUGGCAGCUCUGGCUGUGGCCAAUGUAGUCAAGUCGUCGUUGGGACCGGUAGGAUUGGACAAAAUGCUCGUCGACGAUAUCGGAGACUUUACAGUCACAAACGAUGGGGCCACCAUUUUGUCGCUUUUGGACGUGCAACAUCCUGCAGGUAAGAUUCUGGUGGAAUUGGCACAGCAGCAAGACCGCGAAAUUGGUGACGGAACCACCAGUGUAGUCAUCAUUGCCUCUGAACUCCUCAAGAGAGCCAACUCGCUGGUCAAAAACAAGAUCCACCCCACAACCAUCAUCACAGGGUACCGUGUAGCGCUCAGAGAGGCUGUCAGGUAUAUAACCGAGGUGCUUUCGAUGAGUGUCGACUCGUUGGGCAAAGAAUCGCUUGUGAACAUCGCCAAGACCAGUAUGUCAUCCAAAAUUAUCGGUUCAGACUCAGACUUCUUCGGCAACAUGGUCGUAGACGCCUUGCUUGCCGUCAGAACGCAGAACUCCAAGGGAGAAACUAAAUAUCCGGUCAAGGCUGUCAACAUUUUGAAAGCACACGGUAAGUCUGCCCGUGAAUCGGUGCUCGUUCAAGGAUAUGCGUUGAACUGUACCGUGGCCUCGCAGGCCAUGCCCAAGCGCAUAGACGGCGGUAAUGUGAAGAUCGCGUGUCUCGACAUAAAUCUACAAAAGGCUAGAAUGGCCAUGGGCGUGCAGAUCAACAUCAGUGAUCCCGACCAACUCGAAGAGAUUCGCAAACGUGAGGCAGGAAUUGUGUUGGAAAAAGUGAGAAAGAUCAUAGCUGCUGGGGCCAACGUGGUACUCACCACCAAGGGCAUUGACGAUCUAUGUUUGAAAGAGUUCGUGGAGGCCAAGGUGAUGGCUGUGAGGCGCUGCAAGAAAGAAGAUCUCAGAAGAAUUGCCAGAGCCACCGGUGCCACAUUGAUAAGCUCGAUGUCGAACCUAGAAGGUGACGAAAUCUUCGAAGCGACUUCUUUGGGUACGUGCCAAGAAGUGGUGCAGGAGAGGUUCUCAGACGACGAAUGCAUCUUGGUAAAGGGCACGUCUAAACACUCUUCUUCGUCCAUUGUGCUACGUGGUGCUAACGACUACUCUUUGGACGAAAUGGAGCGUUCGAUCCACGACUCCUUGUCGGUGGUCAAGAGAACCCUGGAGAGCGGCCACGUAGUACCCGGUGGCGGGUGCGUAGAGGCUGCGCUGAACAUAUACCUCGACAAUUUUGCCACGACGGUUGGCUCGCGCGAACAACUGGCCAUUGCCGAGUUCGCUGCUGCUUUGCUCGUGAUACCCAAGACUUUGGCCGUCAACGCCGCAAAAGAUUCGAGCGAUCUAAUUGCCAAGCUGAGAUCGUACCACGCUGCAAGCCAGCAAGCGCAGCUGGAUCACGUCAAGAGAAGAAACUACCGUAACUACGGGUUGGAUUUGAUUCGCGGUAAGGUCGUGGACGAGGUGCAGUCGGGAGUUCUGGAGCCCACUGUCAGCAAAGUGAAGUCAUUGAAGUCUGCCCUCGAGGCAUGCAUUGCGAUUUUGAGAAUUGACACCAUGAUCACCGUGGACCCAGAGCCUGCUAAGGAGGACCCACACGCACACUGUUAA